UAUACUAACGCCGACCUUUAAACUGCCCCUUUUUUACUCACCACCAUACCCAAUCACCCACCCACCCACCCCCGCCGCCUUUUCUGUCUCUACUCUCUACUCUAUACUUUCUCUCUCUACUUCUUGAACUUUCACUUAAACGAUCGGUUUACUCACCGUUACAGUGCAGUUUUAACCACUUUAUGGGGCUGUUGUAAGUGAAGGUGUUGAAAUCUAAUUAGGACCGAAGUGGGUUUUCAAUUUUGUACGUGUUUGUGGUUUCACUGGUUAUUUGGGGGAAAACACAAGAAUUGAAGUUAAAAAAAAAGAUAUUGGUUGAGUUGAACUUCAAAUUGGGUUUAAACUAAGGAGGAAAAUGAGAUAAAAGAAAAGAUUAAAACUUUCCAUUUGCAUGUGUGAGGAUUUGUGGUUAAGAUUCUUGAUUACUUAAGUUUUGGUUGUAUCAUCAGUGAAACAAGCAAAAAUAACAAGGUUUCAAUCCCGAAGUUGUUGGGGGUUGUAACAACAGUGAAAUAGGUGGGAAAAUUGGUUCGAGGGCAGGGGUACUGCCUUUCGAGGUACGUGCACUGAUGCCUUCGGUUGGUGGGAUGAGAAGGACUACUCGAGUUUUCGGGGCACGGGUUUUGAGGUCAGGACGGCGGUUGUCCUCGCCUCCAAGUGAGUGUGUUAAGCGGGCGAAACACGGGGAUGAGUGGAUUGGGCUUCUUGAGAGUGUAGGUGAUCAUGGUGGUGGUGGUGCCACUACUAAGUGCAAGAAAAACGGGUGGAUUAAGAAGGAUAGUGUUCCGAAGCAAGAAAAAGCUGACCAAAUGGAUAUUGAUGUAGUAGACAGGAAGGCGGUAGAUGAACAGGAGCCGGAGGCGCCUGUGGCGGAGACUAUUAGUCCGAGUAGCAAUAUGCUUCGGAGGUGGGGAGUUGUAUAUACAAGGAAGAGGAAAAGGCAUGUUUCCGUGGAAGGUGAUGUGUUAACAGAGGAUAAGAGGUUUGGCAAGCACUUUGUAAGGAAGAAGAAAGUUAAAUCAGCUUAUGCUAAGGAUUCGGAUUUAUCCGAAGAUGAUGGAGUAUUGACUGACAUUGUUGUUGUAAAUACAUCAUAUGGAAGCAGUUAUUGGGUUUCCUGCCUUUUGAAUAGUAUUUUAAGGUACUUGAGGAGGUCUACAGUUAGUUUGCAGCAAAUCUUUGGAUUCAUUAACUCAAAUCCAUUGAGGGACGUUUAUUCAUUGCACGGUAUCUGCCUCCUCCAGGAUCAGACUCACAGGAAAAUGAAAACUGGAUCUUGUGUUGUCUCUGCUGUCAGGUGUUCGGUUCCUGUUUUUGCUCUGGACUUUUCUACUGUCCCGUGUUGCUUUUUAUACCUGCACUCGAGCUUGCUUCUCAGAUUCGUUCCCAUGUCGAAUGCAUUAGUCAUGUAUCCUAAAGUUGCCCUUGAUGAAGUUAAGUUGACUAAUGACAAGGAGAUUGUAUCUUGCUUGACCCCUCUGAAUAAUCAGUCUGAAUUGGAUUCCAAGAAGAUUGAAGUGGUGAAUCCAACUGUUGGUCUUCAUAAAUUAGGUGCCCGACACUUGCAGCUAAGGAACAGUCGUAAUAUCCAGAAGAGGAGAAGUUCAUUGAGGUCAAGAAAUGGCAGGCAUUCUUCCUUUGGUACACAGAAUGCCAAUGGUAUUUCGGCUUCUGACAGGUUAAGGUUCAGGCGUGAUGGCCUCCGAUUUUCCUCUCGGACAUCUCCAUAUGAGCUUAGGAGUUCAGCCCAGAAGACUUCCAAACCAAGCAUCAAAGAACUAAAAUCUGUUUUAGUGGGGUUGAAAAAGGAUGUUAUAGAUUCAACGAGCUGUUUGGCAAACAUAUUGGUUAUUGAACCAGACAAGUGUUAUAGAGAAGAAGGUGCGGUUAUUGCUAUGGAACUUUCUGCUGCAAAACAGUGGGUUCUAGCAGUGAAGAUAGGUGGUGUAAGGAGAUUUAAUCUUAGUACUGAAAAAGUUAUGAGGCCAUGUAGCUCCAACCGUGUAACUCAUGACAUAAUAUGGGUUGGGGAUAGUGGUUGGAAGCUAGAGUUUCCAGAUAGGCAAGACUGGUUGAUUUUCAAGGAACUUUACAAAGAAUGUUCUGAUCGCAAUUUUGUACAGCCACCUGCGGUUACCAUCAUUCCUGUUCCUGGUGUACGUGAAGUAUCAGGCUAUGCAGAGAGUAAUCCUCCUGAUUUUUCCCGACCAGUUUCAUACAUCACUGUUAAAGAUGAUGAAUUAGCAAGGGCAUUAGCAAGGAGUGCAGCUAACUAUGACAUGGAUUAUGAUGAUGAGGAGUGGCUUAGAAACUUUAAUGAAAAUGAGCAUCUUUCAGCUGAGAGAUUUGAGUUACUGAUUGAUACUUUUGAGAAAGGCUUAUAUUGUAAUCCAGAUGAUUACUCUGAUGAGAAAGCUGCUGUUAGUAGUUGCCUGGAUAAGGAAAAGAAAGAAAUUGUAGAGGCUGUGUACAGUUACUGGUUGAAAAAGAGGAAGCAAAACCGGUCUUCUUCCCUAAUAAAAAUUUUCCAGUGUUACCAGCCAAAGAGAACUCAAGUGAUCCCAAAAUCUAUUCUCCGGAAGAAGAGGUCUUUCAAACGGCAAGGAAGCCAACCUGGAAGAGGCAAACAGCGGCCUUUCCUCCAAGCUAUUGUUGCGGAGAAAGAUGCUUUACAACAACAGAAUGCGGUACUGAAGGUGAAAGAAGCAAAAGCAGCAGCAAACAAGUCGGAGGAUUUGGCAGUUAGGAUGAGGCAGAAGGCGCAACAGCUGAUGGAGAAUGCUGAUCUAGCAACUUACAAAGCGAUGAUGGCACUUAAAAUAGCUGAAGCGGCUAAGAUUGCUAAGUCUACAGAAGCUGUUGCGUCGUUUUUCCUAUAGGGUAGAAGAAGAGUGUUUUUUUGAUGUUGAAAUGGCCAAUUUUUCCCCUUAUUGAAAUCGGAGGAAACACAGCCUCAUAAUGGCCUUAUUAGAGAAGCCUGUGGAGGUCUCAAAAUCUUUGACAGGAUUUAAUAUGUAACUUGUGUAUAGAUUCUAAUGGGAUGUACAUUCUGUAUCAUUAUAAUUCUUAGAUGUUAGCUUAGAUUUGUACAAGGUAAAAAGUUUUAAAAAGCAUAACAAGUAUACAAGAUUUUGAGCGUA